CCAUUAUAACAAAGAGGAAGAAGGUUGCAAGAGCAAAAUGGCAGCCUCAAUUGAGAGUUUGUUCGUUGAAAUAGCAAGCCUUGAAGAGCCUAUUGAAGAGCUGCAAACUUUAAAAACGGCCGUUUUAUCAAUACCUGUAAGCGCCCUUAGGGAUACAGUGAGUGGACUCCGGCUUGAAGUGAUUUUCUCUCUUUUGAACACAAAUGACAGAGAGAAAAUUGAGCUAUGCGUGGACAUCCUUGGUCGAAUCCUGCUCGCCCUCAGCCCUGUCCACCUGGCUCAAAACUGCAGAGUGGAACUUCAGGCUGGACUGAAACAUCCUGAUGACACAGUCAAAAUACUGGCAUUGACACAAAUUGGUAGAAUGGUAUUGAACCAUGAGGCAGUAACAGAAAUUCAGAACAACCAAGACAUACUUCGGGAAGUGAUCCACUGCAUCAAAGGAGAGAAGAUGACAGUGGCCAAAGAGGCAAUACGAGCUCUUGCCAAACUUAGCCACUCCAAAGCUGGGUUAGAUGCUCUAUUCAGGAGCGACUUGCUGAAAGACCUCAAGGAUGUGAUGGCUACAAGUGAUAUUGUCAGAUACAGAGUAUAUGAGCUGAUAGUGGACAUAUCGUCUGUCUCUCCUGUCUCCCUGGGUUACUGUGCCAACAGCAGCUUUAUUUCCCAGCUACUAGGAGAGCUGACAGGAGAUGAUGUACUGGUCAGGGCUACAGCCAUUGAGAUGGUGACCACACUUUCCCACAGUCAGCAUGGGCGCCAGUACCUGGCACAGCAAGGCAUCAUGGAUAAGAUAUCCAACAUGAUCACUGGAGCAAAAUCAGACCCCUUCUCUAGUUUCUACCUGCCAGGGCUGGUGAAGUUCUUUGGGAACCUGGCCAUCAUGGACAGUCCCCAGCACGUGUGUGAGACCUACCCAGCUUUCCAGAACAAGGUGUUUGAGAUGGCCAUUGACCCAGACCCUGUUAUGACUGGAGUGGCUCUGGACACACUGGGGGUCCUGGGCUCCACUGUGGAGGGAAAACAAGUCCUGCAGAAAACAGGUGAGAAGUUCAAUGCUGUGCUGAAGAGAAUGAGCAAGCUGGCCAGCGGUGGAGCCACCGAGCUGCGAGUGCGCUGUCUGGAGGCCAUCUCACUCCUAAUCACUUUGCAGGCUGAACAGCAGACAGAGGACCUGCUGGUUCUAACAGAGUCCUGGUUCCAUCUGCUGUCUAACCAGCCUAUGGAGAUGAUCCGGAACAUCAGCACCCAGCCCUUCCCUGAGCUCCACUGUAGUGCUCUACGCAUAUUCACUGCCAUUGCUCCCCAGCCAUGGGGUCAAAGGUUAAUGAUUGGCACGCCAGGGUUCAUGGAGUUCAUUGUCGACCGUUCGACUGGUCCGACCAAGGAAGCGAAGGAUGCUAAGUUUGAGCUUGUGGGUGCGCUGGUGAGCUCUUCCACAGCAGCGGACAUCUUGGGUAGCCAGCACUACUUACGCCUGCGGUCCUACCUCCGAGAGGGAGCGUACUAUGUGGCCGCUGUAGCAACAGUGACCACAGAGGGAGCAGACUGAGAGAAAUGGGGAAAAUGUCAAAUUACACGCUAUUCCCAAUAUAGUACACUACCUUAGGCCCUACUCAAAAGUAGUGAGCUGUAUGGAUGGUAGGUUUAACUUGAGACUGCUACCAGACCAGGACCAACGAGACUCAAUUCUUGUUAUUUUAUUAGAUCGCCUGAGAUGCAUUUACUGUUACUUUUUCUAAGUGGAAUAUUUGCCCUUAUUAAAGAGGAAGCAUAUUGAAAAUGACAA